UACUUCGUCCUUGUUGUAACCACCUGUGCGAAAAGUGCUUUAUCCGGCCAUCCCCAAGACCGAGAGAAGCGCAGUGCUCAGACAAAUACGGAAACCGCAGAGAUGGACCAGUGUGGCAGUAGACACGACGGCGCCGCCACUGAAGCCGGCAGAAGAGAACCGCUUCUUCCGUCGCAGGACGUCAAGUCGGCGAAGCCUUCUUCUCCAUUGUCAUGGAGACUCAAUGUUAAGGAGUUUCAUUUGCCAAGCCAGAGCGGUGGUGACCAUCCUAAUCACCGUUCUUUUGGUUUUAAAGGCCUUCUUCGCAGACCCAGAAAGCAACGCAAGGUGGCAGAAUAUUACAAGAAACAAAAAAGGCUCCUUGAAGGAUUCAGUGAGAUGGAUACUAUGACUGAAACGGGCUUCUUUCCCGGAAGUCUCACUGAGGAUGAAAUGAAGCAACUAGCAAAGAGGGAGAGGGUGGCAGUUCAUGUGUCAAAUUUAGCUAAUUUCGUGUUAUUUGCAGCAAAGGUUUAUGCUUCAGUUAUGAGCCAAUCAUUAGCAGUCAUUGCCUCAACACUAGACUCCCUCUUGGAUCUCUUAUCUGGGUUGAUAUUGUGGUUCACUUCACAUGCCAUGAAAAACCCAAACCAAUAUCAUUACCCAAUUGGCAAGAAACGGAUGCAACCACUGGGUAUCAUUGUUUUUGCAUCUGUGAUGGCAACCCUGGGACUGCAGAUUUUGCUUGAGUCUGCUCGGAGACUUAUUGCAGGGACCAAGUCAGACAUGAAUACCAGAGAGUUGCAUUGGAUGAUUGGGAUUAUGGCCACUGUGACCUUAGUGAAGUUCAUUCUUAUGGUCUACUGUCGAAGAUUCAAAAACGAAAUAGUCAGAGCUUAUGCACAAGAUCAUUUCUUUGAUGUUGUCACCAAUUCUGUCGGCUUAGCUGCUGCUGUCCUUGCUGUCAAGUUCCUCUGGUGGAUUGAUCCAGCAGGAGCUAUCAUUAUAGCAUUAUAUACAAUUAACACAUGGGCGAGGACAGUGAUUGAGAAUGUGUGGUCGCUGAUCGGAAGAACAGCGCCACCGGAUUAUCUGACGAAGUUGACGUAUCUGAUAUGGAAUCACCACGAACGAAUUCAGCACAUAGAUACAGUUAGAGCAUACACCUUUGGUGCUCAUUACUUUGUGGAAGUUGACAUCGUCUUGCCAGAAGACAUGCUUCUGAAUGAAGCCCAUAAUAUUGGGGAGACACUUCAGGUGAAGCUUGAGCAGCUUCCGGAAGUUGAGAGGGCUUUUGUGCACAUCGAUUUCGAAUUCACUCACAGACCUGAGCACAAGACCAUGGUAUGAUGAUGACUGUGCAGGAUCUCUCAGCCUGGCGUUUGCAGAACAAGAGGGUUAUCAAUAUACUUUUUACUGUUUAAGUUACUGUUUUCCCGACAAAGCAAUUCUAUUUUGUAUUGAAGUUUGAAGUUUUUGGCCAUAUUUUGGAGGGUUAUGUUGUAUUUAAUGUCUUAGCCAAAAAUUGAAGGGUUUGGGAUUUGGGUGCGGAUAUGAUAACUAGAGUAGAACAUUAAAUUCAAUCAGUAUGAUUGAUUCAAAAUACUU